AGAUAACGUUGGAGGCAAGCUACCUUUGAGCAACUCUGUAAAGAUCAACAGCCUCCCAAUUCAUUUCUUGCCCUAAAGCUGUUUCCUCCAGUGUGCUAAGGAUUGAUGCCCAAGGUGCAUCACUUUUUAAGAAUUAGAUCAUGAACAACUUUAUCCUCCUGGAAGAACAGCUAAUCAAGAAAUCCCAACAAAAGAGAAGAACAUCUCCAUCAAAUUUCAAAGUCCGCUUCUUUGUUUUAACCAAAGCGAGCCUGGCAUACUUCGAAGAUCGUCAUGGGAAAAAGCGCACAUUGAAGGGCUCCAUUGAACUCUCCCGAAUCAAAUGUGUCGAGAUUGUGAAAAGUGACAUUAUCAUCCCAUGCCACUAUAAAUACCCAUUUCAGGUAGUGCAUGACAACCACCUCCUGUACGUGUUUGCUCCAGACCGAGAGAGCCGGCAGCGCUGGGUGCUGGCCCUUAAAGAAGAAACAAGGAAUAAUAACAGUUUGGUGCCCAAGUACCAUCCUAAUUUCUGGAUGGAUGGGAGGUGGAGGUGCUGCUCUCAGCUGGAGAAACUUGCAACAGGCUGUGCCCAAUAUGAUCCAACCAAAAAUGCUUCAAAGAAGCCUCUUCCUCCCACUCCUGAAGACAACAGGAGAUCACUUCCAGAGCCUGAAGAAACCGUGGUCAUUGCCUUGUAUGAUUACCAAACGAACGACCCUCAGGAACUCGCACUGCGAUGCAAUGAAGAAUACUGCCUCCUGGACAGUUCUGAGAUUCACUGGUGGAGAGUUCAAGACAGGAAUGGGCAUGAAGGAUAUGUACCAAGCAGUUAUCUGGUGGAAAAAUCUCCAAAUAACCUGAAAACCUAUGAAUGGUACAAUGAGAGUAUCAGCCGGGACAAAGCUGAAAAACUUCUUUUGGAUACAGGCAAAGAAGGAGCCUUCAUGGUUCGAGAUUCCAGGACUCCAGGAACUUACACCCUGUCUGUUUUCACCAAGGGUAUCAUAAGUGAGAAUAAUCCCUGUAUAAAGCACUAUCACAUCAAAGAAACAAAUGACAAUCCUAAGCGAUACUACGUGGCUGAAAAGUUCGUGUUUGACUCCAUCCCUCUUCUCAUCAAUUACCACCAGCACAAUGGAGGAGGCCUGGUCACUCGACUCCGGUAUCCAGUUUGUUCCUGGAGGCAGAAAGCUCCCAUCAAGGCAGGGCUGAGAUAUGGAAAAUGGGUGAUUGAUCCCUCAGAGCUCACUUUUGUGCAGGAGAUUGGUAGCGGGCAGUUUGGGUUGGUGCAUCUCGGCUACUGGCUCGACAAGGACAAGGUGGCUAUCAAAACCAUUCAGGAAGGGGCUAUGUCAGAAGAAGACUUCAUAGAAGAGGCUGAAAUCAUGAUGAAACUCUCUCAUCCCAAACUGGUCCAGCUCUAUGGAGUGUGUCUGGAGCAAGCCCCCAUCUGCCUGGUGUUUGAGUUCAUGGAGCACGGCUGCCUGUCAGACUACCUGCGCAGCCAGAGGGGACUCUUUGCUGCAGAGACCCUGCUGGGCAUGUGUCUGGACGUAUGUGAGGGCAUGGCCUACCUGGAAGAGGCGUGUGUCAUCCACAGAGACUUGGCUGCCCGAAAUUGUUUGGUGGGAGAAAACCAAGUCAUCAAGGUGUCAGACUUUGGCAUGACAAGGUUCGUUCUUGAUGACCAAUAUACCAGUUCCACGGGCACCAAAUUCCCAGUGAAGUGGGCGUCUCCAGAGGUUUUCUCUUUCAGUCGUUACAGCAGCAAGUCAGACGUGUGGUCAUUUGGUGUGCUGAUGUGGGAGGUCUUCAGUGAAGGCAAAAUCCCAUAUGAAAACCGGAGCAACUCAGAGGUGGUGGAAGACAUCAGUACUGGGUUUCGGUUAUACAAGCCCCGCCUGGCCUCCUCACAUGUCUACCAGAUCAUGAAUUACUGCUGGAAAGAGAGACCAGAAGACCGGCCAGCCUUCUCCAGACUGCUGGGUCAAUUGGCUGAAAUCGCAGAAUUGGGACUUUAGUAGAGUCUCAGCGCUAGGUGAUAGACUGCAGAUCCUGAAUGAAGGAAUGAUGUCCUCCUUCCAUUAGAAGCUGCCACCAGCCCAGGACUCUCCAGAGCUAGUCCCUGAGCUGCCACAGAGCAGCAUCCUCAACUAAAGCCGGCAGCCAGGCAGGCAGGAGAGUCAGCCACCGAGCUGGGAGCCUGGCCAGGGCAGAGGUGACGUCUCUGCCCUCCCUCCAGCCUCUUGUCACAUGUGGUGCACAAACCUCAAUCUGACAGCCUUCAGGAAACAUUUCUUGCACUUCUUCGCAAUUGGGAGAGAUAGGGAUGGGAUCCCAGAUAUUAUUUUUAGUAUUAUUUUAAACAUGGAUCUGAAAUUUAUGGUUCAAAGGACUUUUCAUUUGAACCAGUAACACAGUAUCCCAGGAUAUGGGAACAAAGUCCAUGACUCUUUUCCUAGAAAAACCAGUGAGUUAAUUAUGGUCAGAAAGACACUAUUAGCCACAGCUUCCUGCCACAGAGGAUGGUGGAGCAGCUGCUUGCACAGGAGGCCGGAUUUCCUGAGAAGCAACUUUAUGAGAUUUUACAGAGUAGGCUGGCACCUGUCUCCUGGAAUGGGGCAUGAUGAGCUCCACUGGAUGGAUUGGGGCAAUCCAUUCAGUCCCAUGGUUGGAGUAUUAGGUAUCUGAUGAUUAGAAAAACUGCAAAAAAAAAAAGGCCUCUGAUGUUAGGGAACCAAAUGGUACUAAAAAUGGCAUUAUUUUUUUGCCACUCCAGUGCUCAUCUUUUGUACUAGCCAUGCAGGGGGCUAUGUCUCCUCUUCCACACCAAAUACUUCCAUCAGCAUCCUAGAAGGAAAUGAGUACAGUACUUGUGAAUACUGACUCUGGCAGGUGACCGUGCAUCCUUUUCUCCAGCCUCUGGGAAUCUGCUCCCUCUCUACUAUGCGGUGCCUGUGGCUCAGCGGGUAGGGCACCGGUCCCAUAUGCCGGAGGUGGCGGGUUCAAACCCAGCCCUGGCACAAAAAAAAAUACUAUCUCAUUCUUAUCAAUAGAGGGCAGCAUUGUGUUGGUCAGUGUGGCAUUGCAGAGAAAUUCAAAGCUUGUUUAGGCUCCUAGUGUUUAGCAAUUUAAUGGUUGAGACUUCAGGACUCCCAUUCUGGUUCCAACCAUCUGGAUGGAAACACUCAGAUACUGACUGAGGUGCUUUCAAUGCACAGGGAUGCCUACUGCUGAUUGAGCACUUAUAUAUGCAAAGUAACUAUGGUGGAUAUGUACUGAGCUAUGAGUUUUUCACCUUGAGUUGACUGACGCCCCUGAGAUAUUAUUGCCAUUUUACAGAUAGCAGAACUGAGGCUUUAAAAAGCUAAGACACCUGCCCAAAGUGACAGAAGUAGGAAGUCUGGAGCUGGGAUUCUACCCCUAAUCUGACUCCAGUGCACAGAUUCUUUAUUCCUGUUCGACACUGCCUCCUACUGAGAGUGAACAGGAUUGCAGAAGAGAUUAAUACAGCAGAGAGGAAGGACACAGAAAGCCAAUGAAAAAGUCAAAAUAGAACCACCAGGAAAUAGUGUUGCUUCUGCACAAAGCAUUGACAUUGGUCACGUGGGCCUUUAACUUGGAAUAAGACUACUUUUUUCCUUGUUUGUAUCCUCACCUUGGUCAUAGUUAAUGACUUUGGAGUUACCCAGUUAAUUAACCCUUUAAUUCUCCCAACCCACUAGAGUCUUAAUGCAUGAAGCCAUUUAUAGAUGAGCUUCAAAGGAUCUUUAAAAGAUACCCAGAAAAGGUAUAAAUGCUUCCUUUAAUUAUCAUUCCAACUUUGAGCUGUAGUCUCCUUGGAAAUUUUGUGGGGAGGGAUAUUCCCUGAUGUGAGAGAGAUUUAAUUUUCCUACAAUGUUCAGAUAGAGCUUUUAGAGAAAUCAUUGGAUGGAAUUGCAAUUAGCUCUACAUCAUGUAAUGUUUUCACUGGCUUGAGAUUCAGAUGCCUAACUUUUAACUAUAAUUAUUGUAAAAUGGGGAACCUCAAGAUAAAACUCUGUCAUUCAAGAGAUGAUCUUACUCAACUUAUCCAAAAUUAUCCUUGUUUACUUUUUAACAUUUUUACAUUCUCUUUUGGGACCCUUAAUUACAGAUGAUGUCUGGGACAUUCAGCCUAGAAGAAAAACAUUGAAAUUGACUGAUCUCUAUGGUCUGGUUUAGAAAAUUCCCCACUGCAUAACAUCAUCUUUUUCUAGCUCAGAUUCACUGGGGCCUUAUCUAAACAUGUAUAGAUAUUUAACUUCCCAGUGUCCUAUCCCACAAAAUGGGCUUCCUGCCUGGUAUUUUUCCCUCUUGCAUUUUGUAAAUGGUGCCUGUGUUCACAGAGAAUUCCCUUAUACAAGGCUUUGGCUCUACUUGCCUAUCAUAGAUUUUGCAUUUUGUACCUUUUGACUGUAUUUAUAUUGGAUCAGAUGAAUAUUUAUUACUGUAUAGUCACUGCUAGUGUUCAAAAUAAAAAUAUUACAAAUAUUUCUUAUCCAUUGUAGAGCACACAAAGUUAAAAUUU